UUAACCUUUCAAUGCCAACAAAUCCUUCCUAGUUCUCGUGUCUCCCUCUUGCUCUCUCUCCUCUCUCUCUUUUUCCUCCUCCUUUUCUCGGUCAAACCGCCCUCUCCCUCUCUUUCUCUCUUUUUUAGAGAGAAAGCAGGGAGAUUUAUUGGGAGAAUUUUUGGAUUUCCCCGAGGAAGCAACAAAUGUGUGUGAUUUCUGUCUCGUUGAUGCUUGCCUCCCCCUGUAGCACCUGUCCCUGUCCAUUCCCUGGUGUUGCAGCCUCGGAGCUCGAAGCUGACCAAUCAUUGGAUGUUUUCGAAGCCUCUGUUCCUGCUCCCACCUUCCAAGUGGUGUGAUUCGAUCCUGCAGGAAUUUGUGCUGAAUCAAGUGAAGAAUUGAAUUAAUCAUGGCUAAGACAGAUGACAACAACGCCAUGAUCGACGACCGCCCACCUCCAAAUACUAGCUCAAGAGCCUUUCUUUCGAACUCUAUAAACGAAGAAUUUGGAUCGAAAUCAUUCUCAGAUUUCUUGACAGAGAAUGGAAAUGUGGGGUUUCCUUGGACAUGUGAAAACCAGAAAAUGGGCAUAAACACAAAAAUAGAAGAAGCUGAGGCUGGAAACGACUUCUCAAAUGAUGCCUCAGUGCAACCAAAACCUUUUGAUGCCCCCAAAUCAUGCUCUGCUGUAGGUCUUGCUGAGAGGAUGGCAGCCAGAAAAGGAUUUAAUGUGCCGAAGCUUGAUACAGCUCGGAUACCACCGGCCACCAUCGUUUCAUCCUCGGAAAUACGUUCCCCUUAUUUGACUAUUCCACCUGGUCUAAGUCCCACCAUGUUGUUGGAGUCCCCGGUUUUUCUUGCUAAUUGUCUGGCUCAACCAUCUCCAACAACAGGCAAGUUCAAUUUUGCAGAUAUUGAUUCAAACCCAAUGUCACUCUCACUUUCGGCAGUUUCUACUAAAAGUGACAACGAUCUAUUUGAAGACAUUCCAGAAGCAUUUUCCUUUAAGCCUCCUCUGGAAUCACACUCACACCUCUCAAGCACUGAAGAAAAGCAGCAGGAGUUGCCAGGCAUUGAGGUGCCCAUUCAAUCUGGAAAACCUACGCAAACAGGAACCAUAGAAGCUGACAAUAAUAACUUCCAGAAUCAACAAAAAUUUCACCUUCAGGCUGGCUUUUCUGUCCCAUCCGAUAGAAAAGAUACCUCUGAUUAUAUUAUGUUGAACCAGAGAGUCUCUGACUCCAUCGUUGGAACUGAUUAUGCUCCGACUGUCGAUACCCAGCAGGAUGGGGAAGCAGACCUAAGAGGAGAACUUUCUGCAGCUGUUGGCACUCCAGCUGAGGAUGGAUACAAUUGGAGGAAAUAUGGCCAAAAACAGGUAAAGGGCAGUGAAUAUCCAAGAAGCUAUUACAAAUGCACGAAUCCAAAAUGUCAGGUGAAGAAAAAGGUAGAGCGAUCUCAUGAGGGUCACAUCACCGAGAUAAUCUAUAAGGGUGCCCACAAUCACCCCAAACCUCACACAAGUCGCCGUUUAUUGCACCAAUUUGGUGACCCUCAGAUUGAUGGCUCUGAACAGCCUGGCUCACAAACAAGUUUUGAUGGCAAGCCUGUAAAGGGAAGCUUACACAGCGGGAAUGGAGGUCAAGAUUGGUGGGGAGAUAGCCUGGAGGCAACCUCAUCAGCCCCUGUUGCCGCUGAACAGUGUGACCCUUCUAACUCCCUGCAACAGAACCAAGAUGGCACUCAUUUAUCCCCGGAAGCUAUUGGUGUUUCAUCAACGAUGUCCAAUGAUGAAGAAGAGGAUGAUCGAGCAACCCAUGGCAGUGUCUCACUUGGUUGUGAUGGUGAAGGAGAUGAAACAGAGUCAAAAAGAAGAAAGCUAGAAGCUUCUGCUAUUGAAAUGAGUGCAGCUUCAAGGGCAGUUCGCGAACCAAGAGUGGUGGUUCAGACUACCAGUGAGGUUGACAUUCUCGAUGAUGGGUAUCGUUGGCGCAAGUAUGGUCAGAAGGUUGUCAAAGGAAACCCAAAUCCCAGGAGUUAUUAUAAGUGCACCAAUCCAGGAUGCACAGUACGGAAGCACAUUGAGAGGGCCUCGCAUGAUCUCAAGUCGGUGAUUACCACUUAUGAGGGCAAGCAUAACCACGAUGUGCCAGUGGCAAGAAACAGUGGCCAACCCAGUUCUGCCCAGUCAAAUACAACAGCCAAUGCAGCUCCACAACAUAAUGGCCUUCUGCAAAGGCCUGAGCCAACCCAAGAUGGCUUUGUGAGGUUUGAUGGCCAUGCAGCUCUCGGCACAUUUGGCUUCCCGGGAAGAGAGCAGUUAGGACAACCAUCCAGCUUCCCUUUUUCCAUGGCACAACCGGGCCUGGCAAACCUUGCCAUAGCUGGAUUGGGUCCGAUGGCAGCAGCAAUGAAGAUGCCGGUUGUUCCUCCGCUUCAUCCUUAUUUAAGUCAUCUCCAGCUGACCGAAGCUGGAUUAAUGGUGCCGAAAGUAGAGCCCAAGGAAGAAUCCAUGCCAGACUCAGAGCUGCCUGUGCUGAAUGCCGCCUCAAUUUAUCAUCAGAUGAUGAGCAGGCUUCCUCUAGGACCUCAGCUGUAAAUAAUAGAAUGAAAGAUGGAUGCUUCUCUGUACACCUGAGAAGGGAAGGGAAAGAAAAGCCUCUCUUUUAGUUGUUUCAAGCAUAGGAUCAAGUGAACCUUGACAUCAUGCAAGGCAUUACAUUAAGUAUAAUGGUUUCAUGUUGGCUUGUU